UCAGUUUUUGUAGUACAGCUAAUCCGGAAGUGGAUUGGGACAUCUGCUCGAUAGGGGGAUAUCAGUUGCAAACACAGACCUGGCAACCUUAAUAACAAUUGCAACUUGAGGUAUUACGUGGUGACGAAACAUCUUAUCAUAACCAGCACUGACACGACUUGGUGCUAUUCAUUUAACGUUAGCUCUUGAUGUAACCUUAUGGAUGGAAACAGAUAAACAGGUGACAGCAAGUUGACCAGCGAUGCCAUGCAGGUAAAAGCUGUAUGACUGAAGCCGCAGAAAUGAGCGAUAGAGCCGAGAUGAGAGGGCCCGUAUCCCGCCGGAGGAGGACGACCAUCUCCGGCGGAGGUGGCAGCGGAGCGGUGAAACAAGCCAACGGGAGCAAGUGGCACGAUGCCGGAGAGAAACUGCCACUGUAUCCCGCUAAAGCCAAAACAGACGAGGUGCCUAGGCAGGCGAGUAACAACGGGAAGGUGGACAGAGAGAUGGGGAUGUCAGGACAGCAGCAACAGCUCGCAAAACGUACGAGAAAACAGAGGAGUCUGGUGGAAGAUAUUAACGAGAAACUCAGCUGUCACGUCCUCCAAGAGUCUCUCUUAAGUUCAGCCAGUGGCUACAGCAACUACAGAGGAAUUCUCAACUGGUGUGUUGUCAUGCUGGUGCUGAGUAAUGCACGCCUCUUCUUAGAAAACAUUAUAAAGUAUGGUAUCUUGGUGGACCCUAUCCAAGUAGUGUCUCUCUUCUUGAAGGACCCCUAUAGCUGGCCAGCAGCUUGCCUCAUUAUUGUGUCGAAUGUGUUCAUCUUAGCAGCCUUGUACACAGAAAGGCGUCUGGCUGUGGGUACCAUUACCCAAAUGACAGGACUGAUUUUUCACAUUUUUAACCUGACGUCCAUGUUGAUCUUCCCUUCAGCCACUGUACUCAUUGUGACCUCCAUGACCCCAGUGGGUGGUGUGCUUUCCCUAGGAAUCUACACAGUGCUGUUUCUCAAGCUGUACUCGUACCAGGACACCAACAGGUGGUGUCGAGAAAUCAGACAAGCGAAAGCCAAGAGACUAACGCGGUCAUACUCAUGUCCAUCUGUGGCACAAUCCAAUGGUUCAGCAGGUCAUACUCAUGUCUCCUACCCAGGCAACCUCACCCACAGAGACAUGUACUACUUUGUCUUUGCCCCAACUCUCUGCUACCAGCUCAACUUCCCACGGUCACCUCGAAUACGCAUAAGGUUCCUGAUGAGAAGACUUUUUGAAAUGCUUUUCUUCAUGCAGCUGUUGGUUGGACUGAUUCAGCAGUGGAUGGUUCCCACCAUACAGAACUCAAUGAAACCAUUCCAGGAAAUGGACUUUUCUAGGAUGGUGGAGCGCCUCCUAAAGUUAGCUGUCCCUAACCAUCUGAUAUGGUUAAUAUUCUUCUAUUGGUUUUUCCACUCUUCUAUGAACUUUGUGGCAGAGCUGCUGCAGUUUGGAGACAGAGAGUUCUACAAAGACUGGUGGAACUCUGAGACUGUCACAUAUUUCUGGGCCAACUGGAAUAUCCCAGUUCACAAGUGGUGUCUGAGACACUUCUAUAAGCCAAUGUUGAGGAAGGGGGUCAACAAGUUUCUGGCUCAAACCGCCGUCUUCCUGAUGUCUGCCUUCUUCCACGAGUACCUGGUGAGUGUUCCUCUGAAGAUGUUCCGACUGUGGGCCUUUAUGGGAAUGAUGGCUCAGGUUCCUCUGGCUUGGUUUGUGGGUCGUUUCCUGAAUGGCAACUAUGGCAACGCCGCUGUGUGGAUGUCACUCAUCAUUGGCCAGCCUGUCGCUGUGUUGAUGUACGUCCAUGACUACUAUGUCAUUCAUUAUGGGAGCACUACGUAGUACCGGACAAACUCACACGUUCCCACAGUCACACCCAAACAUGUACAAGUCAUGUUGUAUACCCACACACACACCAGCCUGCAGGACGACUUAAUAAGUGAAUGGCAAGUAAGUUAAAGUGACUUUAAUAGAAAGCCCUGCUAAUAUGAACCUGUCAGUGAAAAGCAGCAACAGCAGGAAUUUGACUUGUUGAUUUUUGCACUAAAGAGAAAUUAACCAUAGUAUUGUCAGGAAAUGAUUGUAACAUAAGAAGUGCUUGCUUUAAAGUGGUAUUCCACUUUAAUAGGACAAACAUACCUUUGUAGUCAGCCUCCUGUAUUAGCAAACCUCGGGAUCCACCAUCACCACACACUCUUAAUAUCGGUUUCUAGCAUUGGACGUUUCAACUUCAAACAAACGAUCCUGGACCCAAAGUGAAAUAGCAUUUGGAUAUUUGUUAUUGGAAUUGAUCCCUCACUGUUAGAUUUGUUAGAAGUAUGACUUUAUCUUAAGCAAAUUAAGCUAAACAAAAGUAAAUGUGUGGUGCUAAGGUUUCCUAAAGUGGUCAAUAUUGGUGGUUGAUGAUUCAUGAGCUCAAACAAAGGUUAGGUGCAAUUUCCUCAACUUUAAAAGCAAUUCACUGCAUUUAAAAGUGGAAACACUGCGUGUAACCAAGCACUUCUCAAGUUCUGGGAAAUGUGCACACUUUUGUGCAACAAAUGUGAACCACUGCCGAGAAGAGGAUCCUGCCUCCACAGAGCUGAUGUGAAAAUGUUCUUCCUAUAACAGUGGUUGUGAAGUCUUUUUUUUUUCUUCAUGUAUCCAAAGACAACAAAGAAAUGAUGAAGCCGGACAAACAGUUUGUUUCACCUGAGCUAAGGCUUAAAAAUGGCAAUUUAGGAUGUCUCCAGGUCUUCAAAUUGACCAGUGAGUUUUUUUUUAAUGUACAUUUUGCAUAUGUAUCCUGUAUCCCUCUUUUUGAUGCAGCACAGUUCUUGAGUAUAAAGAAAUUUAUAAUAAAAGGAUUUGUAAACAAAAAUAGUUAAAAACAGGAAACUGAAGGAAAAUAAGCUAAAAAGUUUAGUAGGAACUGCAAAAGUCCGUGACCUUAUUUGUACAGUCGUGGACCUCCAGGCAGCCUCUCAUCUUCUGUCUCUCAACACCAAACAUCAUCAAUGCCAGCUCUUAGUGCAACAGGACAUGCUACAUGUGCGUUAUUUGUCUGUUAUUUGCUUUGUGUCUUUUUUGUGUUCUGAUUUGACUUAUCAGAUGGUGUAUUUUAUACUCUGUCUGCAGUUAUGCUGUGCCAAAUUAUAAUUUAUGCUGUUUUAUUUUUAUAUUAAUGAUUUAAUGCAGUAGUUGAUUUACUGAUUUGAACCAAUGAAUGUUUUUUGCACUUUAAAGAGAUGCAUGCUGUUGACUAAAGCAAUAGAGUACUAUGAAUGUAUUCGUUUAAGUUAUAUCAAUCGUGUAAGGAAAAUAUGAUUGUUAAAAUAAUUUGUAUGUUUUGUAAUUACCUUGUUGACAUUUUGUUGUUGUAUAAGGUUAGCUCAAUUUCAGUUUGAUUCAAAGCAGCUGCGGUGGUAAUGAGUUUUAAAACAACCUUUUCAUGCCACAGGUUUUUUCAGUAUAUAAAUUCUAGAGCCUAUUUCUUGGUUUGACCUGAUUUAAAAGAUGCCAAUAUGAUUAUUGCCAUAUAAUAAGUUACUGUGUUAUUUUACUUUUUUAUGUGUUGAUGUGCUUUCCAAAUACAGUGGCAGUUGACUGAUCAUGAUAAAUUAGAGCCUUUUCAUUUUUCUUUCCUUAUUGAUCACAUUUCAGGGAAAACAUUGUUGUUAAAGAAUAACACCAGUUAUAAAGAAGACUGUGUUGGCAUUCCUUAUUGAAAUGUACAAGUGCCUGCUGUAAAAAUAAGUUUAAACUCAAAAUGUAAAACAUAUACCAAUUGUUUUACAUGAAAAAGACAGAGGCCAAAUACUUCCUUAACCUUAUUCUAUGUAGCAAAUAGAUUCACAAUGCAUUGAUAUUGAAUUUUAAAAUACUUGGCAACUGAAAACUUACUGCCCGCAGUUAAAUGCAAUGUUAACUUUAAAGAAAUACUUUUUCUGUUGAAGCAUCAUAACCUCAGCUUGAGAUGGGACUAUUAAAACUCCUCUGAGAA